AGCUCUUUCAAUUCUUGCUCUUCAACCUGUAAACAAACCCGAGAUUCCCACCGGAAUAAUGGACGACAUGAAGGACAAGGUCAAGGGCUUCAUCAAGAACCCCUUCUCCUCUUCCUCCUCCGGCAAAUUCAAAGGCCAAGGCCGAGUCCUCGGCUCCUCCUCCUCCUCCUCCUCCGGUCCCGCCAAUUCCCCGAUCCUCGGCCGCGCCGCCCAACCCAAUCCCAAGCCCAAGCCCAACCCCGUCUCCACCUCCAAGCCUCCGCCGCAGAAACCCCAACCCCCGGCGAAUCCAAAGCCCAGUAGUCGAGAGGGCUUUGAUCCCUUCGACGCUCUCAUAACUCCGGGGAAGAGAUCCCAGAACGGCUUCACUCUCAACGUCUUCGAUUGCCCAAUCUGCGGUAAAUCUUUCCGGUCAGAAGACGAGGUCUCCGUUCACGUUGACACCUGUGUUAACAGCUCAGACGAGAACAACAGUGCCGAAGGUGUUUCAGGCUCGGUGGAGUCUCAAUUGGAGGCCUGCGUUGGCGCAUUUGCUUCGGGUUCGGGGAAUGUGGAGGUUGUGGUGAGGCUGUUGAGGAAUAUAGUGAGGGAGCCGGAGAAUGUGAAGUUCCGGAAAGUGAGGAUGAGCAAUCCGAAGAUCAGGGAGGCGAUUGGGGAGGUGGUGGGAGGUGUGGAGUUGCUGGAGUGUGUGGGGUUUGAGUUGAGAGAGGAGGAGGGGGAAAUGUGGGCUGUGAUGGAGGAGGUUCCUAACGCGGAGCGAAUUGGUGUGAUGAAGAAGGGGAUAGAGUUGCUGGAACCACCAAAGGCGCAAGAACGGGAGAGGAAAGAGAAGUUGGUGUCUGAUGGGUCUGGUGAGUUGGAGGAAGGGGUUGAACCGAAGAAGGUUGACAGACAGACUAGGGUCUUCUUUUCUGUCUCUGAAAGUCUAGCUGCGAAAAUUGAGCUACCAGAAAGUUUCUAUAGCCUCUCAGCUAUGGAGCUGAAAAGAGAAGCAGAAGCUAGAAAGAAGAAGAUUGAAGAUUCACAGAUGCUGAUACCAAAGUCAUAUAGGGAAAAGCAGGCAAAAGCUGCUAAAAAGAGGUACACAAAAACUGUUAUCCGGGUCCAAUUUCCUGACGGAGUGGUGCUCCAAGGUGUUUUUUCUCCUGCGGAACCUACUAGCGCUCUCUAUGAGUACGUCAGCUUAGCAUUGAAAGAGCCUUGUUUGGAAUUUGAACUGUUGAAUCCUGUUGCUAUCAAGAGGCGGGUGAUCCCCCACUCUCCUGCACCAGGUGAGAGACCAGCAACACUAGCUGAUGAGGACUUGGUCCCCUCUGCUCUUGUCAAGUUUAAACCUAUGGAAACGGAUACCAUUGUUUUCACCGGGCUGUGCAAUGAACUCCUUCAAAUUAGUGAACCACUUGGAAACGGUUCAGCUCUUGGUCAUGCAUAAGCUCGGCAUUGAAGGUUCGACCUAUUCGUUUGCAGCAUAGAGGCAUAUGAUCUCUUAUUCAUGAUUGUAACUUCUCAGCCAAACAAAUCUUCACAGAGACCUAUUCUUUCACCUUAUACCAGUAGAUCACAAAUGUUAUGGACCAUGUACUUUUCUGUAAUGCAAAUGCCGCCUUUUUCUCCAGGCUUGUUGUGCAAUGAACUUGAUCAUAACCGUGUCAAUGUUUUGCUGUA